CGACACUUAAAUGUAUUGUGAAAACGUUUGGAGACGCAUACAUGUGUCUUGUAAAGGUAAAUAAUGUGACACUUUAUGCAACACCACUGCUUGACACAACACCACUAUAUGAGACACCUCUGCUAAAUAUCUCAAUCGGUAGAAGUGUCCCGAUAGAUCGUAAUACGGGACACUUUUUCAGUGACCCAAUUGGCAAUUUUUGUUAUAGUUUGGUUUGUAGAUAAAUUUUAGUCUUAAGCAGACCUGCAGUAUUUUUGGAGUUGUCAUCACGAAAAGCCUAACAAUGCGACUCUUCGUCACUAAACGGAUUUCCGCCGCUCUCCACUCAUACGCCGCUGCAGUUCCCCGCCACAGUCAGAACAUAAGUACUUGUGCUAGCCGCUUCCCCAAAUUUCUGACGCCAGCUUACGCGUCCGGAGGAGGCCUGCUAGAUUCCCCAUGGUUCGCCACCCAGCUCCGCGGCGCAAGAUUCUCCGGCGCCGAUGUACGGCCAGGAAAUGUUAUCGAAAGAAGAGGAAAGCUUUAUGAGGUGGUAAAAGCAGAUCACUCUACCCAAGGAAGAGGAGGAGCUAUAAUACAGGUGGAGCUCCGGGAUGUCGAUAGUGGAAGCAAAGUGAAUGAAAGGCUGCGAACUGAUGAGAAAGUAGAAAAGAUUUAUGUUGAGGAGAAGUCACUGACAUACUCUUACACUGACGAUGAAACUGGAAAUAUUGUGCUUAUGGAGCCUGACACAUACAACCAGCUGGAAGUGCCUAGACACUUAUUUGAUGAUAUGGAAAUCACAGUCCAGCUUUAUAAUGAAAAACCACUAGCAGCAUCGAUUCCACAUCGAGUAACAUGCACUGUUGUUGAAGCUGGUGAGGCAUUAAAGGGAAGCAGUAAAUCCACGCCGUAAGUUCAUACAGUUGUGUUUGAUA